UCGUGUUGUUGUUUUCAAAACCAAUAUUGUUAGAUACUUUUGUUUGUUUUUUGUAUUCUUUUAUUUGAUUUGGAUUAGAGAGCUAAAUCUGGGGAGAGAUGUGCUAUCAUCACAUCGAUCAGAAUGGAGAGCGCCUGUGCUUUUAAACGUGUCUCCCCCGUCAUCAAUUUUUAUUAGCAAAAUGACGAUACGAUAAUAAACAAUACGUCCGAAUCCGAUCGAACGAAAGAUCAGCCACAGCUAAAAGCUACAGCCACUGCCAUAGCAAAGAGACAAGAGAGAAAAAAAGAGAUUGACAAAUUUGUGCUAAAAAUACCACCGAAUUGUGAAUUUGUUUUUGUCUUUCAUUAAUUUCUCCGCAGCAGCGCAACUAGUUUUUUGCACGAUGAAUGAGGAAGGAAAAAAAAUAAACCCAAAAGACCAUUGCCACCGUAGCCACUUGCCGUUGCCACAAACUACUUACUGCGGUGUGCUGCUUGGAGUGGACAUAGCGCUGUUUUUCGUUGGUUUUUCUUCCUCUACUAUCUGUUUCGUCGUCGUCGGUCGUCGUCGGUUCAAUAGUAGUCGUUCGUAGUUAUUACUCCUUUUAGUAAACAAAAAAAGAAAGAAACAAAAUUAAAAUUUCACUUUUAAAAAUUUACAAUUCGAAUUCAGACAAGUAGCUGCUAAACUUGGCGCGGUGUCGUGUGCCUUUAUACAUAAUAAUUAAUAAUUAAUUUGCAAUGUUCUUUUUGCCUUUGUGUCGAGUUGUUAAAAUUUGUUGUCUCUUCUAAAAGUACUGAUCGUUAUGCAAUGCCUGAAUUCGAUGAAUCUUUUCUUAUUCAUUGCGCCCAGAUAGAGAAGCAUAAACCAUAUUCCUAUUCUUUAGAUAGGCGAUAUUUGAAAAAGAAAUCCAAGCCAAGGGUACUCAUAAAGAAUGUGAUUCGAUAUAACAACGUCAGCUCACCAUCAACGCCGAAUUCGUCGACGAUCGGUUCAUCAGGUCACAAGAAUAGUCUCAAGGGUACUAAACUAGCACGUCGAGCUAAAUCUUUCAAGGACGAUCUUUUUGAAAAGAUUUCACUAAUGCGAACGCCCACAAACACGUUGGGAAGGCCACACUCCCCUCAUAGCCCGCGAAGCAAACACUCCAAACCUUCAUCAAAUGAAGAUGGAGUUCGUUCGUUACAAUCGCUCGAGACGCACGUAAAGGACAUACAAAAUGCUUUGAAACACUUCCGAGAUGUGAUCUCAAAGAAGAAACUAGAGGUGUUACCAGGCAAUGGAACUGUGAUUCUAGAAAUGAUUGCGAGCAUGUAUGCAGUUAUUCAAACGUACACUCUUAAAGAGAACAGUAAUGUCAUGUUAUCAGCUACGCGGCAAAUGUAUCUGUCCUUGGGGAAGUUGAUCAAACUGUGUGAUGAAGUACUGCUCUGUGAAGAGGCAAACGAAUGUACAUCGUUAACUAAAGAAAAUGUCAAAGAAGUCGUCGACCUAGUUGAUGAAGCUGUGAAGAAUUUAGUUGGCUUGGCCCAACAAAAACUCAAAGAAAAAGAAGAAAUUAAUUUAAAAUAUGCAGCAACAUCAUCUGAAAAUAAAAUCUCACCAAAUAAUCUUAUGCGGCCACCAGUUGAAAUGGUUGGUCAGCGGACAUCAUUACCCGAUAUACCAUUAACUCCCAAAGAUCGUGAUAUUUUAGAGAAGGCAAAUUCAAAUCCUAUACGUGCUACACACAGUACUGAAAGCAUUUUGAGAGAUUCUAGUCCACCUCCAAAACCUCCACUUCCAAAUAGAUCGAUUGGAGCUCCACCCUUACCACCCAAAAGACGUGGUCAACAAAUUCAAAACAAUACAAGCAGUAUUAAUUCUGAAUUAGACUUCAGCUCAGAUUUCUCUAUGCUUAAUUAUGGAGUGGAUCAUCUUUCAGUACGCUCUAGGUCGCCAGAUGAAAAUUCUAGUCAAUGCUCGCUGGAUUCAGCGUUGAAUCACUCACGUGAAGAAGAGGAACUUAAAGCCCUAACAAUGGAAACAUCAUCCGAAGAUCAAUUUCUCGAAGAUGAUCCUGAUAAGCUGCUUGCUUUGAAAUCACCACAAAACAAAAAGGACUCAGAAAAACUGGUCAACGCUGUCAUGGAGAAGCCUGAAAUGCGAAAAACCAACCGCCAUUCAAACGAAUCGGGCUUUGUUUCGAUGCAAUCUAUCCGCACAAGUACCCAAAGUGUAUCGAAGAGAUCAUCUGAAUAUAGCGUGCAACAUAAAUCCGCUGGCCAGUUUACGACUGAAAGUAAUCAGGAAUUGAUUUCCUCCCAUCAUCACAAAGCUUUUGGACGUUUCUCGAGUACUUCUCUGUCAGUGACAACAAAUAAUCAAGCAACGUUUUCAGGACUCGAGACUCAAAAUGGAGUUAUGAGUUUCACCAAAACCAGCAGCGGAACCAAUGAUGAUAAUCAAUCGAUAAGUAAUAGCAGUGCUAGCCCGGAUCACUUCGAGAGUUCAAUGAAGUCCGAGAAAAUCAUCAAUGUUCAGCAGAGUAUGUCUUCGUUGACAAAGACUAACAGUUUGGAUAUCUCUUCUUCGGAUGAUAUGUUUUCAACAUCUCUAUCCGACUUGGUUCCUCCAGCCUUGCCACCGAAAAUUUCCAAGAUUAAGGAAAAACACUUCUCGCAAUAUGACAAUCUUGAUGAGAUCGAUGAUAUUCAUAGUAUGUUUGGUGCUCAACAUAACGAUCUCCCUGAAUUGCGAUCUAAUCCACUCUAUUUCCAAUGGCAAAGCAAGCAUCAGAGCUUAAUAGACCCGCGUCAGCAUAAUUUCUCUAUGGAACCAAGUAUCGAGGAACCUCCGCCUUUGCCUAUGAAGAAAAAGCACAUGUUUCAAAGUGUGGCCUUCUCGGUUUUGGCAUAUAUGGAAAUAUGUUCGGCAACUUCUAGAUCAGUCGAGCAACACCGCCAUUCGAUGCACACGUACAAUAUAAAUCGUAACAUAUCACAUAGCCAGACUAUGAAUUUAUCUCCUGUUAGUAAACCACUUACAUCACAAUCAUCACUGACAUCAUCACCAAUCAAUGAAAUACCUCCAGCACUGCCGCCAAAGAAUAAGCAACGGAUUCGUUCGACUCCCACACCAACAAUAAUCACAACACCGCCACAAAGUCCCAAGCCUGCAAUGGCUUUGGAAUUGUUUCAAGAGGGUGGUCGUAUUGGUCGAGUUAUAACAUCCGCAGCGGGCACAGAAAUGUCUACUGUAAACGAGGAGGGCAUAGAUGAGGAGUUUCACAGUGCAAGCAGUGAUCUUAAUCCGAUGUCAGACGAUAAUGCAUGUGAACAGCAGGAAAACAAUAAGGAUUCACCAGUUUCAAAUCUAGAUAACACCAAUGAGGAAGAUGAAGGAAUUGAUGUAAUUCUUCGAAAUAAUUCAUAUAAUAAGAAGGACUGCUCACCAACAAAUUCAGUAAACAACGAGGGCUUACCCAAUCUGAUAGAAGAGCUUGAUAUUUCAGCUUAUAUGAAUUUCAAAAAAGACAUAGAAGACGGUCCUGAAGUUAAGGGUGGCUAUCUAGAUGCUCUUAUUGUGCACGCUUGUAGAGUUCAAAAGAACUCUGAUAAUGCAGAUGAAAAAGAUGCGUUCUGUGAGGCAUUUAUCACAACAUUUAGAACCUUCAUUCAACCACUGGAACUGAUUGAGAAGUUAACUCGUCGUUAUUCGGUUCUGUUUUGUCAAAUGAAUAACGACCAAAAGCAAAGAGCUGCCAAAGAAACAUUUUCUCUUCUAGUUCGUGUUGUGAAUGACCUAACGUCAACGGAUCUUGUCAAACAACUAUUAGAGCUCUUGAUUGAAUUUGUAAAUCAGCUUGUUUGCUCUGGUGAAUUAUACAUGGCUAAACUGCUCCGAAACAAAGUUGUCGAAAAGGUCAUGACAUACAGAGAACAGAAACUGUAUAGUAGUUAUUUAUCUGAGCAGCGAUGCAUCACAGCCAAUCAACCAACAUUGUUGGAUUUGAAAUCGCUAGAAAUCGCCGAACAAAUGACUUUGCUUGAUGCAGAAUUAUUUCAAAAAAUUGAAAUACCCGAAGUAUUAUUGUUUGCCAAAGAGCAAUGUGAAGAGAAAUCACCAAAUUUAAAUAAAUUCACGGAGCACUUUAACAAGAUGUCCUAUUGGGCGCGAUCUAAAAUUCUUAUGCAGCCAGAUGCCAAAGACAGAGAAAAACAUGUGAUUAAAUUUAUUAAGAUAAUGAAACAUCUUCGUAAAAUGAACAACUAUAAUUCAUAUUUGGCAUUGUUGUCGGCCUUGGAUUCGGCUCCUAUAAGAAGACUCGAGUGGCAUAAAACAAUAACUGAAGGAUUGAAAGAGUAUUGCGCUCUCAUUGAUUCUAGCUCUAGUUUUAGAAUAUACCGUCAAGCAUUAGCCGAAACUAAUCCACCUUGUAUUCCAUAUAUUGGACUUGUGUUACAAGACCUCACAUUUGUACAUGUGGGAAAUCCAGAUUAUCUCAAAGACGGAGUCAUCAACUUCUCUAAACGUUGGCAACAACAUAAUAUUAUAGUCAAUAUGAAACGUUUUAAAAAAUGUGCGUAUCCUUUUAAACGCAACGAACGAAUAAUAAGGUUUUUUGAAAACUUUGAAGACUUCCUUGGCGAAGAACAAAUGUGGCAAAUUUCGGAAAAUAUCAAACCUCGCGGUAGAAGAGCACCACAAAAUUAAACAAACCAAAUUUUCAAAUGUUUAAUCAUCAAUCAAACACACACAAAUUGAUUUGUUUUGUUUUUGAAAUAAGCAACUAAUUUACACAACGAAAAAACGAUGUGGUGAGGCAGCUAACAGCUGCAUUUGAGACCAAAGCCAACCGAACAAACAUAAACGAAUUAUACCAAAAUUUUAAACUAAACAAACAAACAAAAAAUUCUUCCCAAAACCCCGCCCUCAUAAUAAUACAAAUAAUAAUCAUUUACUUUGAAAAACAAAGUAAAAAAACUACUGUCCCCACAUAGUAUACUUGUAUAGAGUUAAAACGUCUGAGGUCACGAGUCACAUGUGAGAACACCACUUUCAAAAUCAACCAUUUAAAGUGGUCCAUCGAUUCGAUAUCGUGUAAGAAACAAACUAGAAAUGAAGACGUAAAAUUCUAUUAAUUAUUGUUAAAGAAAAAAAAACUAUUAUUAAUCAAAUCAUUAUAUAGAAAAACAAGACUGUCUUAACAAUUAGGAAUUAAAGCAAACAAAACAUAUAUACAUAAUAUAUAAAUAUUGAAUUGUAUGUAUGACGAUAUUAAUUGUUGGAAAAUAAGCACAUGCAAUUUUAUGCUAAUGAUUUUUCUUCAUGCACAAAUAAUCCAAUUGAUGUGUGAUUUUUUAAUCACCGUAUUUUUUGAAACUGACUUUUUCUUCAUUAUUUGUUGUUGAUUUUUUUUUUCUAUACACGCACAGGCAAUGAAUUUAAUUUUACUAAAAAACAAACUAAACUAAUUUACUUACCGUUAAUGUUCACUAAAAAAAAAAAAAAAAAACACAAACUAUAUAAAGUAUGAUAGACCAACUAAGCGCAAUCGUAUUUCUGUUUUUUGUUUUGUAUUUUAUUUCGGGUUAUUUCUUGAGCACAAGUCUGUUUAAAAAAAGACUCUUUAUAUUUUAUUUAUAUAUAUAUUUAUAUACAUACAUAUUAUACGUGCAAUACUAAGCGAGAUUUUGGGUACCACUAUUAAAUAAUAUUUAUUUUAUGGAAAUUUGUCUGUCACUAUAUAUUAAACAGUAUAAUUUAAAAUAUGGGUAGCAUUUCUUUAACAUUUAUUUACUGUUUAAAAAUAUGAAAUAUGUUUUCUAAAUAUUAGCAUACAUUGAUUUUUCGCUUAUUGAACCUGAUCAGUUUUAACUUGUAAGCGAGAUUUAUAGUCCAGUAAAAUGAGGAUUUCACUUCUGACUGGGGGAUAGUAAUCUGAAAACACAUUUACACCUAAAUUUCGCUGUUCUAAACAUUGUGUAAGAAUUACAGUCGUGUAAACUACAGACAGCCAAAAGUCGAUAAAAACUUGAUAAACCCCGUUUCUGAAUCUCCGUUGGUGUUCACAUCUUAACCAAUAUUUUUAAGAAUACAAUUUGUAACUGAUUUUGUCUUGCACUUUCUAACGUCUAUAUGUGAAACGGUUGAGCAUAUUACAAAAAUGUGUGAACUAAAAAUUGUAGUUAAUUUUAUACUUACACUAAAGGGGGAUAGGGCCUCUACCACGCCUACGCGCCAUCGUGUACGGUUUCCGGAGAUGUGUUUCAACUCCCUCCAACACUUGCCUAGUGACGCUGAUUCCGCCUCGCCUGACCUGCGCCAUGUGCUUGUCGGUCGUUCAGCUCUUCUUCCUUCUUGUGUGAGGGGAUUCCACUGCAUUGCUUGGCCUGGAAUGUAGUCGUUACAUUUUCGAAGCGUAUGUACAAUCCAUUGCCACUUACGUCUUCGUAUUAUAGAUUCUAUAGGUUCCUGACCUGUCCUUCUAUGAAGGACCUCAUUUGAAAUACGGUUUGGCCAGAAAAUCCUUAGGAUGUUACGAAGGUAUGCAGCCUUCUUGUUAUGGCUAAAGUAACCUUCCAAGUGCUGCUCCCAUUAAGAAGCACAAAUUCGAUAUAGUUAAUUUUAUGCUUAACAGUUAUGGUAAAAGUGUUAACACCAGUGGAGCUCUAAAAUUGGAUAUAAUCAAGGAAAAGCUGGUUUCCCGACAAAGCCUAGACAAAAGUUUUAUCAGAACUUUUACUUUAAAAACACUUAAAGAAGGGAUGAAACGAGUUUCCAGCUUAGUAUCUCUCAUUCCGAAGUUGCCCUUUUUUCACAUUAUUUUACUUGACUAAUAGAGAAGAAUUAAAUGCGUGUUAAUUGAGUUUGAAUAAGAUUUUGCAUUGAACUCAAAUUAUUUGAGAUUUUUGUUUCUGAUUGUAGAAAGUUAUUCAAGCCAAUCACGAAUUCCAUCGUAAUCAGAAACUUUUACGAAUCACGAAAAAUUGUAUCAUCUAAUCCGUUUGUAGUACAACAUUGUAUGAGGUUUUCCUCAAUGAACGUAUUUGAUAUUAGCUUUUCGAGAUUCCUUAAUGUUUCUGGAGACGAUUGAAAUAAUGAUAGGGCCGAUUAUUCGAUGGUUUGAAAAUCUUGUUCAUUAUUUUAUUUCAAGAGCCCUUUAGUUUUCAAAGCAAUAUUUGGUUUUAAGAGACAGAAAUUUAAAACAAAAUAGUUUGAAUAUUUUGAAAUUCUUUCUUACAUACAGAAACUAUAUAAUUAUCUUCUUUCUGAUUAUUUUCUAAGAAACUUACUUAUCGUCUAGUUUUUUUUUCUAUCCCACCCAAAUUCAAGAUCGGUAUUGUACACAAAACAAACAAAAAAAAACACUAUAAUUAUACAUAAACAAUGCAUGCCAAUGUGUUAAGUAUGCAAAUUUACAAAAUUAAAACAAAUAUGUAAGAAAAGUCUGUAUUAAUUGUAGAAAAAUCAUUAAUCUAUACAAAACUAUCUUACAUUUAGAAAUAAAAAAAAAACAAAAGUUUCAAAUCACAAAACAAACAAAAUAAAAACUAAUCGAAAUUCUGUGCUAAAGAAAAAGAAAAAAAAAUAUUAACUUUUAUUAUUAUUAGUAAACUUUUAAAUUUUACACCAGAAGUAAACAUUUAUCUUUAUUAUAAAUUAUAUAAGUGUAUAAAUAUUUUUUUAAGAUGCAAUUUUAAAAGUAAGAAGUUAGUUUUAGGUUCUAUAAGAUAAUGGAUUUGUUUUUAUUGUUUUAUUUAUGUUUUUACUUAAACUUUCUUUUUGCAUUUUAUCAAUUAACAAUUUUUAUUUACAAUUUUAUUUGUAAUUUUAAUAUUCUUUUAUUCGCCGGUCAUGCUUUUACAUUUGUAUAUUUUUUUUUAACAUUAUUAUUAACAUAAAUGCCAUACCUAUAUACAUAUAACACAUAUAUAUAUAUAUAUUUUUUAUACAUACUUUAUCGUGUAAUUGUAUUAAAUUAUUUUUCAUUUUGUCGUUAUUAUUAUGUAUAAAUAAAUCGUUGUAAAUACUAGAAUCGGUACCUUUAAUGUUUGUUUUUGAUUUUUACUCUGUUUUAAUUGUUUGUCUCUGAUUUUAUAAAUUAAAAAGAAUAAAAAAUAGUUUUACUCUAAAGAAUACACAAAAAUAUAUUAUACAAGAAAAAAUGUGUCUAGUUCUUAUGUAAUUUUAGGGUUUGCAUUAUGUAUUAUAUAUAUAUAAAAUAUAUUAGUAAACAAUAUUUAAUAUUAACAUCGCUUAUCUUGAUUUAUUAUCAUUAUUAUUAUUAUAAUUGAAUAAAUAAACAUAAAUAUCAAUAUCUUUUACACUAAACUAUCGUAACUAAAAACAAACAGAAAAAACACACCUUGAUUGUUUCUUGUGUGUUGUUUGCUAUCAGGUCGAGUAUGUGGAUUCUUCUUAUCAUUUUUGAUUUUUAUUUAAGUCAAGAUACAACAAAACCAGAGAGAAAUAGAUCAGUACGUGUUUUAUAAAAAUAAAAAUAUUAUGAAGUAGUUUUUUGUAUUGACGACGAUGAUGAUGUUUUAAAAAAAUAAUAAAGAUGAUGUAUCUGUGAACCCUAUGUAACAAUCCUAACUUAUUACAAAUUUAAAUAAAGAAACCAUAAUAUCGAUGUUUUAAAA